AUGCCCACUCUCAUUCCCAAUUUUCAGUUUCACACUCUUUUCUUUAGACUUUUUCAUUUUUCCAAGUCUCUCUCUCUUUGCUUUCUUCCUUCAUUUUCUUCCCUCUCUCUGCAACUUUUGUCAGACCCAUUUUAGAGCUCAACUCACUAGAGUUGCAUGUUUAUAAAUUGAACCCAUUACCAAUCCAUUGAUUCUCCCCAAGCUUUUGAAAUCUUCUCACUUAACUUGAGCAAAAGUUUUGAUCUUUUGGUAAAGUUUUCAACUUUCAAAAGUAAAGAUACUUCUUUUUUGGAAGUUAACCAAAAAAGUUUGAGUUUUUAGAAGACGAAAGCAAUAGAGUCAGACAUAAGAAGGAAAACAAGCUUUUUGGUAUCUGGGUCAUUUUUUCAUCCAGUUUUGGUGAUUUUGGGAGGUGGGUUUUGAAGGUUUUGGCUUAAAAAACUUCGAUAGAUGAUUGUUAGCUCACCUUGUAAUGCAGGGACUAAAUUUUUGGGGGAAGAAGCCAUAGAUGUAAGAAAGAUGACAGAACACAAACGGAGCCCCUGCUAUGUUGACCAAAGCAGCUUCUCCUCGUCUCUUGUAUCGUCGAAAAGACAAAAGCCCGAUUUAUCUAUUUCUACUAAGGAAAGAAAAGAGAACCUCGGGGCAAAAAUUGUAGCUCUACAACAACUAGUUUCACCAUAUGGAAAGACGGACACAGCUUCUGUUCUCUUGGAGGCAAUGGAAUACAUACAAUUUCUUCACGAACAAGUUAAGGUGUUAAGUGCUCCAUACCUCGAAAGUACACCACCCACUAAGAUACAGGAAAUGGAGGCAUUCAAGUUGAGAAGCAGGGGUUUGUGUUUGGUUCCUGUGUCAUGUACACUUGGGGUUGCUAGAAGUAAUGGUGCAGAUAUCUGGGCACCAAUUAAGACAACUUCUCCAAAGUUUGACACCUCUUCUUCUUCUCCUUCUUCUUCUUCUAUCUCACACUCACAAUUUCAUUGAUAUUAUAUCUACAUCUAUUAUAUAUAUAUAAAUAUAGUAUAACAGUACUAGUAACUAGUAACUAAACCAAAUGGAAUGGAUGUCAUUGUUAAGGUUAAGGAGGGUGAGAGGCACAACAAAGUUUUGUCAUCAAGAAAUGAAAUGUAACUGAUACACUAUUAUUAAUUAAUUAAAUUAUAUAUAUUUUUAUAGCUAAGAAGAUCUUUUUCCCAAAUGUAAUUUUAGUAUAUAUUUAUGUAUGUAUGUAUGUAUGUAUUGUAUUGUACUAGUCUGGUUCAAGGCCAAUCUGGUUUAUUAAUGAAUUAAAGUGGUGAUGGGACUAAUUUGGUA